AUGUAUCGAUCGUUCCGUGGCUAUUCAUGUAACGACGGAUCCGCUCCUGAAAUCACAAGACGAACUUAUCUCAAUCCGCUUCUGUCUGUCUGUCUAUAUAUCUAUCGCUUUCUUAAUCUGCUUCUUUGUUUCUAUCUCCAUCUACGCAUAUCUAUCUAUCUAUCUGUCUAUCUAUCUAUCUAUCUAUCUAUCUAUCUAUCUAUCUAUCUAUCACAAUCUGCUCAUAUCUAUCUAUCUAUCUAUCUAUCUAUCUAUCUCAUUCUCUUCAUACUUACCUAUUUACCUAUCUCAAUAUGUUCAUAUCUACCGUGUUAUCUUUCUUUCUUCCUUUUCAUAUCUUUCAAAAUCAACAAUGACUUCUGUUCCUCCGCACACGCCCUUGAUAUAAAAAAUAUAUAUUGCUCUAAUAUAUAUUACUCCAUUAUUCCAAAAUGCCCCCUUCUCUCCCUCUCUCCACCUAUCUAUCUAUCUAUCUAUCUAUCUAUCUAUCUAUCUAUCUAUCUUUUGAAAUUUAUUAAUUUCAUUAUCUAUCUCUAUCUAUCUAUCUAUCUAUCUAUCUAUCUAUCUAUACAAUGGUGGGAAAAAUAUUCGUAA